AUGCUUUCAGUAGCGGAAACAGAUAAACAGAUUGAAAACUUUAUCGCAGAUCAAAACAUGCGAGAUCAAACGUUCAGGGCUGAAACGAUUGGGCAACGGAAGACCGAAAAAUUGUUUGGCGGUAAUAAAUGCACGGAAGAGGCACUCCGACGGUGUUUCUACAUCAAGGCGCUAAUCGGUUGCGUCUCUAUGGAGGAGUUGGCAGAGCUCAAUAGGAGCAGCCCUCCUGGUAUUGCUCCCAGUUCGCCAUCAUCUGACUCGCUGUGA